AUGGAGCCAUCUCUACUGAGCCUUGAGAAACUUGACCGCUCCAGUCCAGAUUUGUGGCCAGAACAAAAAUUUCGAUUGCUGACAGCUUUGGAAAUAAUUGAAGAGGUGAAGAAACUUCAGAAUGUUGCUUACCAACUGGGUCUGGAGGAAGCUAAAGAGAUGACCCGAGGAAAGUAUUUACACAUUCUCAAUAACAAGAAGGAGAAAUGAUUGGCAAUAUAUGGAGGAGCACUUCUUUGGAAGAUAUCAUCACAUGGAAAGCAAAAAAUUCAAAGUAGAGUAUUAACAGCGCUUAUAAUAUGUCCAGAAUUCAUUUCGUUACUGACCAGAAGUCAACAAAUUUAGACUAAAGAAGAGAUACACCUCAUCACUGAACAGGAGAAGAGUUGCUGGGUUUUUAUCCAAGCAAGUGCCCUGUGAAAAGAGUGGCAUACCUCCUAAGGGUGUGCCACACCCCUCAGCCACAACUGCUCAAAUCUCGCCCCAUUUCGGUGAUCCAGCGUUGGGGGUGAGGAAUGAGGUAGGGACAGUAGAUACAGUUUUUCUUAAGUCCAUUGUAUAUAUACACUUAAGUACCUGGUAUAUAUACAAUAGUUCACAUCUACAAUAUAUAAUUUUGUUUAAAGAUCAGUCCUUACCAGUAUACUUUGGAUAAUGAAGAUUCUGCUGUGUAUUGCAUUUACACAUUUUAUAAUGAACAUUAAAAUUAAUGGUAAUUUUAAUACAAUUUUGUAAUUAUUUGCAAACUAUUUUUUCUUUAAUGUAAUAAAGUUAAAAAUAUAAAAGCCUUCUUAAUUCUGAGUGUAUAUUAGCAAGUUAUUUUUCUGGAUAGUAAUAGAUGAAAAGAUUUUUAUAGAGUUGAGAGGGCAAUAAGUUUUAAGCUGAUCCCAUGAAUUAAAACUAAUAUUUAGCAAUAUUCUUAUACUCAGUACAUUUCCUGUUUUUUUUUUUUUUAACUAUCAUUGUUUUUAUUUGUUACAUCCAUGAGUAUGUGCUGAACUCGUAGGGUAGGUCAUACAGCGUAUGGAGAAUGGGAGGCAUUCGGGCUCAAUCUGAAGAAGGGAAGCUCCAAUUCCUUGGGUUUAUAAGCGUUCACCAGCAUCAAGGCACCUCCCCUUUCCCCUUUGAUGGAUUAUUUAAUUCUAGUCUCUUCAAGUGUGUUGCCUUGUUGCAGGUGAUGAGCUCUUGUUCCAAAGAAUUGGAGUUAUUCUUCCUUGGCUCAAAUCUGAUUACCUCCUGUUUCCCGGGUUGUUUGGCUGCUUUGGGUUUAGCAUUCCCCAUAAAUGUAAUAUCUAUUCUCUUAUUGUAUUGCCCCACAAAUACUGUGUAUUAUGUAUUCACUUAAUUUUUGUAGUUAACCUGAAAGUUGUACAUUUAGAGAUAUUGUGUAUAAAAAAAGACACUAGAUGCAGUGGAGUUCUUUAAUGGUACAAUGUUUUGCCCAUAGCUGGAGUUCUUCAAAUAAGAUACUCCUUAAAAUAAUGCAGAAGUCGUUUGUAUGAGUCAGGUGCAUUGAGGUUUCAAGUUUAAGGUGCUGCAGGCAGACUACGAGCCAUUGUUCUAGAACAAUUAGUACUAUAAGGGUUGUUAAAAUGAACAUGCAACUAAUUGAUGGUGUUUGUAAAUUUUAUUGCAGAUAAUUCCAAGCAUCUAUUCUUGACUGUUUUUUCCUGAAACUAUAGUCUGGUCCUAUCCCAUGCCAUUAAAUGAGCGGCAGUUAUGGUGCUGUGCAUGCACGCGCGCACAUUCCUAAUACUAUCCAUUCUGCAAGUGUUUUUGUGUUCCUAUAAGCAUAGAGGCAAGCUUCUAGUCAUUUUCCUGAUAUAGACUAGGUCACAUUCUCUACAUGAAAUGUGUAAACCUCUGCAUCUUUGCAUCUGGUGUGUAGCAUGGAGGUCCUUGUACAGUCUUGUAUGAUCUUAGUAGUGAUCACUGUGACAUUGUGUUGGCCUUGUAUAAUAUGGAUACUGUAUUGAUAUUAUCUUUUAAUGGUGGUGCCCGGGUGUCUGCUUUCUGCUUGCAAUGGCAGAUAACUUAUUGAGGAAAUCUAAGGUUGGAGAAGAAAUUCUCCAUAGAGUUUUGUUCAUCUUUCAAGAAUUCAUGAGUAGAUGGAGUGCUCAUAGAUGAAACUAGAUUAGCACUCUUCUUGGUUCUCAGAUGGUUGGAGAAAAAAAUUUAGGUUGUUUUGGUUUCUGGUAUACCAUUCACCUCAGGACAUCAUCUUGUUUGGUAUACCAGACAUCUAAGGGAAGGGUCUCGUUAAUCUCCUCCAAAGUAAAUUGUAUGGAGGAUUCUCUCUGGGUUACUUAUUCAAGAAAUGCUGGAAAUUAAAUUGUCUUAGUAAGAUGACCAGCACAUUAUCAGCAUAUCUUAGCCUAGUGAUGUGUUGCAGAAUGAUACUAUUGAAACUUGUCUUCCAUCAUUCUGAUUCAUCACUUGGUUGAGAUAAAUUUAUGAUGUGUUGGUCAUCAUACCCAAGCAAUUUAAUUGCCAGCAUUUCCUUGAACAAGUAAACCAGAAAUAACCCUCCAAGAAUUUUGUCCUUGGAGGCAAAGAGGGGAAUGUAUGAGAGUAUAGUUUUACCAACACUCUUAUAUGGGUGUGAAGCAUGGGUGAUAAAUAUUGCAGCGAGGAGAAGGCUGGAGGCAGUGGAGAUGUCAUGUCUGAGGGCAAUGUGUGGUGUGAAUAUAAUGCAGAGAAUUCGUAGUUUGGAAGUUAGGAGGAGGUGCGGGAUUACCAAAACUGUUGUCCAGAGGGCUGAGGAAGGGUUGUUGAGGUGGUUCGGACAUGUAGAGAGAAUGGAGCGAAACAGAAUGACUUCAAGAGUGUAUCAGUCUGUAGUGGAAGGAAGGCGGGGUAGGGGUCGGCCUAGGAAAGGUUGGAGGGAGGGGGUAAAUGAGGUUUUGUGUGCGAGGGGCUUGGACUUCCAGCAGGCGUGCAUGAGCGUGUUUGAUAGGAGUGAAUGGAGACGAAUGGUUUUUAAUACUUGACGUGCUGUUGGAGUGUGAGCAAAGUAACAUUUAUGAAGGGGUUCAGGGAAACCGGCAGGCCGGACUUGAGUCCUGGAGAUGGGAAGUACAGUGCCUGCACUCUGAAGGAGGGGUGUUAAUGUUGCAGUUUAAAAACUGUAGUGUAAAGCACCCUUCUGGCAAGACAGUGAUGGAGUGAAUGAUGGUGAAAGUUUUUCUUUUUCGGGCCACCCUGCCUUGGUGGGAAUUGGCCAGUGUGAUGAUAAAAAAAAAAUAAAACAAUUUACUUUGUAUGGAUAUAUCAAUGUUUGGUUUACCAGACAAGAUGAUGUCCUGAGGUGAAUUUUAUAUCAGAAACCAACCAACAACAAUGAUCCAAUUCAUCUUUUCUUACACCAUAAUGAGAACUGAAAAGUCCAAAUAGGAUUUUUUUUCUAUGAGCACUCAGUCUGCAGUGAUGAAUUCCUGGAGGAUGAACGGAUCUAUAUAGAGAGCUGCUUCCCCAGCCUCAGACUUCAGCAUGUGAUCUGCCAUUGCAAGCAGAAAGCAGACAUGAUGCACCAAAAGGCUAAAAACUAGGACACCAUUAAGAGAUACUACUGACAAGGCCACAGCAAGCAGAGUAUCCCUUAUGCUAUAGAAGUCCAACAGAAAUGUCAGUGAUCACUACUAAAACCACACACCAGAUGUAAGGAUGCAGGGGUUUACAGCAUUCCAUGUAGAUAAUAU